AUGGCAAUACUUGUGUUUUUAUGCGUCAUGCUGCUGGCUCCGUGCUUUGACGCCCACAACAUACAUUUAUCGAAAGAUCAGAAGGAUAAAGUGCACGAAUACACAGCUGAGUGUAUCAAAGAGACAGGUGUGAAAACUGAAAUUAUCGAGGAAGCGAAAAAAGGUCAACUCAGCGAAGACGAAGGUUUUAAGAAGUUCUUGUUUUGUUUCUUUCAAAAGUCGGGAAUGAUAACAGCUGAUGCGAAGCUUAACAGUGAAGUCGCCUUAUCCAAAUUACCUGCAGGAAUUGACAAAGUGGCAGCUUCGAAGUUACUAGAUGAAUGUAAAGCGAAAAAGGGCAAAGACCAUGCUGAUACAGCAUAUGAAAUUUUCAAAUGCUACUAUGGUAAUACGAAACAGCAUAUUAUGUUUCUUUGA